AUCGAAAAAUAUAAGGGCCAACUAAUAUUCCUGCAAACGGGACUAACUUGUAAAAAUCUUAUCUUCCCCAGUGCUUCCAAGGAUUUUAAUUAACACCUUAAACCCUUCAAAAACCCACAAAAUCAACCCCAAUUCCUCUAAAUUGCUACCUUUAACUAUAAUCUAACCCAAUUUUAGAGUAAAAGCUGAUGAUUUUACAGCACUCAAUUUCCAUCUGUAAACUAUGGAGGCUGACAUCUCCACCAAACCUCUUCUUGUUUCGACCUUCUGCUGCUACUUAUACUUACCGACCGCAGUGUUGUCGAAUUAGAGCAUUUGGGUCUGCUGUUUCAGCAGCCAAAGUUGCUGAUACGAAUCAAAAUGAGACGUUUUUUGCUGAAGAAAGUGUUUCUUGGACCUCUUUGGGUGUCUCAGACACAUUAUCUCGUGCUCUUUCCAGUAUUGGCCUUCAUAGACCCUCUUUAAUUCAGGCGACUUGUAUACCAAGUAUACUUUCAGGUGCUGAUGUGGUGGUUGCUGCAGAGACUGGUAGCGGCAAGACUCAUGGUUACCUAGUGCCGUUGAUUGAUAAGCUAUGCCAAUUGUCUGAUAAUUCAGGGGCUAUUGCUGAUCAGGAUGUCAGGAAGCACCAUCGUCUUUCUCUUGUUCUUUGCCCCAAUGUUAUGUUAUGCGAGCAAGUGGUUCGAAUGGCUAAUAGUCUUUGCAAUGAUAGUGGUAAACCACUUCUCGGGGUUGCAGCUGUUUGUGGCCGACAGGUCUGGCCAGUAAAAGAACCAGAUGUAAUGGUGUCGACGCCGGCAGCACUUUUAAAUUAUCUCUACUCUAUAGAUCCAGAAAGGCGAAGACGUUCAGAGUUUAUACGCAGUGUUAAAUAUGUGGUUUUUGACGAGGCAGAUAUGCUGCUUUGUGGCAGUUUCCAGAACCAAGUGGUCCGACUUAUAAAUAUGUUUCGUUUUGAUGAGAAGCAGUUGUCUCGUUCUAAAAAUUCAGAACCUGAGAUGUCAUCGACCUCAGAUUUGGAAGAGUUUAGAGACCUAAAAGCAGAUUAUGGUGAAGAUGAAAAUGAAGAUGAAGAUACUGAAGUUGGUGAGGAUGGUGCAAAUUUAGAAGCAGACACACGGGGGUUAAAGAAAAAAGAUUGGCGAAGAGUGAGAAAGAUAUAUGAGCGGAGCAAGCAGUACAUUUUUGUUGCAGCUACUCUUCCUGAAAAUGGGAAGAGAACUGCUGGAGGAGUUUUGAAGCGGAUGUUUCCUGAUGCUAGAUGGGUUAGUGGAAAUUAUCUUCAUCAGCACAGCCCAAGGUUGGAGCAGAGGUGGAUUGAAGUUUCAGUUGAUACCCAAGUGGAUGCUCUCAUCGAUGCUGUGAAAAAUGGAGAUUCUAUGGUAGAUAGUGUUCCUGGAGUGCUCCGAACCAUGGUCUUUGCAAAUACUGUUGAGGCUGUGGAAGCUGUUGCUAAAAUUUUGACAGGAGCAGGGCUUGAAUGUCUCCGCUACCAUAGUGAUAGCUCUUUGGAGGAGCGCACACAGAAUUUACUUGAUUUCCAGCAGAAAGGUGGUGUUUUUGUGUGCACUGAUGCUGCAGCACGUGGUCUUGACAUUCCAAAUAUUUCACAUGUUAUUCAGGCAGAGUUUGCCACGUCUGCUGUAGAUUUUUUGCACAGGGUUGGUCGUACAGCAAGAGCGGGCCAACCUGGCCUCGUUACAAGUCUCUAUAGAGAAUCAAACCGUGAUCUCGUUGCUGCCAUUCGUCAUGCAGAAAAAAUUGAUGAACCAGUGGAGAAGGCAUUUAGCAGAAAAAGGAGCUUUCGCAAUAAAAUCAAGAAAAGAGGCAGAGAAGCUUCCCCCGUGAGGUGAAGAUGUUCUGAUUUUGACUUUGUAACAUCUUUUUGCAUUUGUUUCUCACACAGGUUGUAUUUUACUGUAAUAUCCUUAGACAGUAAAAGAAAUGAGUGCAGAGUAUUUGAAAGUUUUCACAUGA